ACACUAUCAACGCAUCGAGCCUUGGGUGGAACUCGACUACCUGAUCGGGCCCUUGAGACUCUCAUAUAGAAUCCUAAGAUCUUUUAUUUCCUAGCGAAUUGCGAUCACUUGUUAUUUCUCAAACCGUCAAGUAUCGUUCAGAGUGACUGAGCUCCAGCGAGAUUACUCAGUUCAUCAAGCUCUCACCUCUCAUUCUUUUCCUAUAAAGUCGGAACUAUCUUGAGUUUAUUUCUUUUAAAUAAAUAGCCACCAUGGCGUAUACAGAUGAUGCUGUCAAGGCAAAGCUUUCAGCUCUCAAUGAGACGCAAGAGGGUAUUGUCACUGUCGCGCAAUGGGUCAUGUUCCACAGGCGACACGCAGAACGAACUGGUCAGCUGUGGUUACAAAAGCUUCGAGACUCCCCGGCUCCGAAACGACUCAAUCUGAUAUAUCUGGCAAAUGAGGUCGCGCAGCAAUCUAAAGCUCGUCGGAAAGAGGACUUCCUCAUCGCAUUUUCACCGAUCAUUGCCGAGGCCACAGCAACCGCGUACAAAGGCGCCUCAAACGACAUUCAGCAGAAGAUUCGCCGAGUGGUUGAAGUCUGGAGACAGCGUGCGAUAUUUGAGAAUCCAAUCCAGGACGCUGUGGAAGCCCGCAUCGAGGAAAUCGACAAGUCGCGUUCGACUGGUAAAAAGCCACCACUGGGUGGCUCCCUAUUCUCGAAUUCGUCCAGUUCGACGCCUUCAGAACUUCAACCUUUGGUCCCCUUGCAGGUGGCACUCUCGAAAGCUGCUAUGACUUCCGGCGCAUCAUCUACUGCAGCCAAUGCCGAAUAUGAUAAGAUGCAUGACCCCAACACCCCACAACCUACACCCCCAGUUCAUGCGGCGCGACUCAGUCAGCUAUUGAAGGCACUUGCAAAUGCUGAAAGCUCCGUUUCGGAGGUUGUCAAAUCACGGCUUGCAUUGAUUGAUGGUCUUGAGAAACUUCUCGAAACCAAUCGCUCGGCACUUUCGAAGGAGCAGUCUUUAACUGCGCAAUUGUCGGAGAGAAAGACUGGGGUUGAAUCAAAGAAGCGCGAGGUUGAAGACGGAAUCAUGAGAGGUCUCACUGUUGAGAAUUUGCCAACUGCGCACAUCGGUGAAUUUGGGGCACAGGCAGAGCCUGUUGCUCGCCCAGAAGUUGAAGCUCUCACCCCUCCCCCUGUGGAAGCUAUCACACCUGUUGGUUCCCCUAAACAUGAGCCGCAGAGUGUGUCAGAGCCCCAGGCCACAGCAGGAUUCGCAUUGCCAGGCAUUGGCCAGCCCAAUGUACCUCUCCCUGGUACAGAUCUAUCCGCGUUUUCUGCUACCCUUAAUGAGCUCCAACAUGGCAGCCCCAAUGGACUGAACGCCAAGAAGCGUAAGGUUGACCACGGCGAAGAAGACUACACCAAAUUCGCCGGUGGCGAUCUGGAUGCCGAUGUCGCCGAGCUCCUGGGACAAGAGGGUAAUCCCCAGAACUAAAUGCAUUUGAUUUUGUCUUGGGAAGCCCCCAGACUUGCAUUGUAACUGAUGGUAAACCAGUCGCAUCAUAUUUUGUUUUGUUUGAUUUUAUACCAUUUUUCAACUUUGUUUUUUAUAUGCUCUUCUGUAUCACCUAGCUCCAACUUCCUCCUUGAAAGUUGAUAUUUACUGGAAUAACCAAGCUGUUGUGUCCACUUGCCCAUUAAUUAGUAUAGUCAUAGGCGUGAAGUUUGAUCCUGCUUCACUUGGUGUAUGUAGCCCGCUAGUGAUGAAUUACUAGCAUCCAUAUUAGUAUUGAAUGGGAAUACAGUAACCAAAAGUCCCG